CACGCCGUAAUAAUGGACUUGCCAUCUGUUAGUGCGCUUUAAAUAUAUAUUUUCCAACAAUACAGGGUGCAUUUUUCAUUCUGUCAACUAUUUUAAGUAAAAUGUGGACAGUUCCGAAGCCCAAAUACAGAACUGGCUCGUGCGACGAGGGGGAGAUUGCUGUGAACAUCGGCGGAGUCCGAGUGGUGCUCUUCGGGGAUGUUUUGACCCGCUACCCGGAGAGCAGGCUGGCGGAGUUGCUGAACUGCUCCACUCAGAACCAUGAAGUCAUCUCCUCGCUUUGCGACGACUUCGACCCGGGUAGGAAAGAGUUUUACUUCGACCGAGAUCCCGAUGCCUUCAAGUGCAUCAUCGACGUCUACUACUUCGGUGAAAUCCACAUCAAACCCGGCAUUUGCCCAAUCUGUUUCAUCAAGGAGAUGGAGUUCUGGAAAAUCGACCAGGCGGUGUUGGACGAGUGCUGUAAAAGCUACCUGAGCGAGAAGGAGGAGGAGCUGACGGAGAUUGCCAACAAAGUGAAAGUGAUUCUGGAGGACCUGGAGGUGGAUCGGUGCAUCACGCGCACCCAGCGUUGCCAGAGGUUCAUGUGGAGGCUGAUGGAGAAGCCGGGUUCCUCGCGGCCGGCGCGCGUCAUCGCCAUCGCGUCCUUCUUCUCGGUUCUGGUCUCGGCGGUGGUGAUGUGCGUGGGCACCAUCCCGGAGCUCCAGGUGGCGGACCCAGAGGGAAAGCUGGUGGAGCACCCGAUCCUGGUGGCGAUCGAGACCGCCUGCAUGUCGUGGUUCACCGCCGAGUAUCUGCUGCGUCUCGCCUCCGCUCCCAACAAGCUGCAUUUCGCACUCUCCUUCAUGAACGUCGUGGACUUCAUGGCCAUCGUGCCUUUCUACGUGGUGCUGUCGCUCACCUACCUCGGCACCUCGUCCAUGAUGGAGUUGACCAACGUGCAGCAGGCUGUGCAGGCGCUGCGCAUCAUGCGCAUCGCGCGCAUUUUCAAGCUGGCGCGCCACUCCUCCGGGCUGCAGACCCUGACCCACGCGCUCAAGAGGAGUCUGAAAGAGCUGGGCUUGCUUCUCAUGUACAUGGGCGUGGGGAUCUUCGUGUUCUCGGCGCUGGCCUACACCAUGGAGCAGAGCCACCCAGAGACGCUUUUCCGGAGCAUCCCGCAGUCCUUCUGGUGGGCCAUCAUCACCAUGACGACGGUGGGCUACGGGGACAUCUACCCCAAGACCACGCUGGGCAAGUGCAACGCGGCCGUGAGCUUCCUGUGCGGGGUGAUAGCCAUCGCCCUGCCCAUCCACCCCAUCAUAAACAACUUCGUGGUGUUCUACAACAAGCAGAGAGUGCUGGAGACGGCUGCGAAGCACGAGGUGGAGCUGAUGGAGCUGAAGUCGGGCAGGGGCGCGCGCAGGAAAAGCAGCGAGUGAGAGCGCGGAGGCAGCAGCAGAGUAAAUGUACCUUUGAUUGUUUCAUUCCUGAAGACGACAGGAAUCUUUGUAGUGAUAAAAACAGAAAAAUGUAUUUCAAAACAUUUAAAGCCAAAGUUAAUUCAUAAAAUUCGGACCUUGCCUUUUGAGUCACACACAUUGGGACGUCACCAUGCAGUGCCCCCUGUACAUAUCUUUACACAGCUGUGCCACCUGCUAUUUGUUCCCUGGUGUGGUCGUUUUGUCCAUUACUCUCUCUGUUUAGCUGUCGUUAUCAUAAACAUUACAAGUGUAUAUAUGCUGGGACAUAAGCUUGUGCAGAGAGAUUCAUUAAAGCGUCACAUUUAACCUGCUAAUAACUAAGUCAGGAUAUUUUUCCUUUGGAUGAGAGCAAACAGCUAAAUGCAGUUGAUGUGUUUUAUAAUUAGCUUUCAGUGUGUUGGUGGCAAAUGUAUGAAGUGGAGCCAGAUUGAACCAGGGUGGGUGGAAUCAUAUUGUUUUAAUAAAGUGCAUUAAAUCAGAUAAAUGACCAAAACUGAGUCAUUAUUGGAGCCACAUUAUGCUAAUGUUGAUGGUAGACUAAUGUCUUGUGCUCAUAUUUGUGUUGUUUCCGUGCUGUUUGUGUCUGGCUGACCCAAGACUAAGUACACAUGACAUAUUGCUUCUGUCCAUCCUGAAGAGGGAUCCUCCUCUGUUGCUCUCCUAAAGGUUUCUGCACUGUUUUCCCCGUAAAAGUUUUUUUUCUAUUUCUUGGGAGUUUUUCCUGAUCCGAUGUGAGGUCAAAGGUCAGGGAGGUCGAAUGUGUAUAGAUUGUAAAGCACUAUUUCGUAAUUUCGUAGUUUGUGAUAUUGGGCUGUAUAAAAUAAACUAAAUUGAAUUGA